AUGGCUCAAGUACCGGCCGACGCUGGCUGUGGAGUGAUCUCAGACCCCGGCGAACAUGUGGAGAGCUGUACCGCGCCACAUUUGCCCGUCGCGAGACGCGCAGGCAAAGCUGUAUGGCAGUUUGGCGCAAGUUCCGUCGUCUUGCCGUCGAGUUCACCGCGAGGCCAAUUGACUUUUCGUCAACCCGGCGGCGGGUGUGUAGCUCGAGUCCCGGCCUCCGCUGCCGUUCACGGUUCAGUGAACGCCAUUUCUCGACUCGACUCGAGUGACCCGCUCCGACGGAGAGCGCUUCUCUUGCGUCAGGCCUCGUCAGAUCGCUUUUUCCCACUUCAUGCGCCCUCGACUGGCCGUCGAGUCGGCGGAAAUGGGCAGCAAUGCUUGGCAGAAGUGCACAACAGACCGGAAAGAAGAGACCAGGCGUCAACGGCACCGAAGCCGGUAACUUGCUUCACAGAACGCGCCUUCCGGGAGGAUCAACGAGACAGGCUGAUUGGAGACCAGCGUCUUGGUGAGGCGAGAAAUAGCUCGUCGUCAGGACGACAAGUCGACCUGUUCCGGCCGUCUGGGCGCGUCGAUUCAAGAGCAGCCGUCGAGGCUUUGGUCGCCAUGACUGAUGGCGUUCGGCCUGUCUUCGGCUACGCCUCGGAUACCGACGUUUUGGCGGCCAAAUCGUCGCUUGCCUCUUCUUUCUUCCUUUCUGCCAAGACGACUGGACUGCCUGCCGCCUCCACCAUCCGGUCCGGCUGGCCGACAUGGGGUCAAUCCGCCUCCAUGACGCCGGCCGGCAGGAUUGAAUCGCUCAAAUAUUUCCCAAAACAGACCAGUUUGGCCGGUCUUCCCUCGACCUCGGGCGUGGAAGGGUCAUUGUUGCCGAGGCUGGGAGAACAGACUGGCCAGCCGGGCUCAGUGCUUCGGCCGGUGACGGGAAUGCGAAGUCUGAGAGGAGACGGCCUCCGAGCGAGUCGAGAGAUUGCCCAAUUGCUGCAGCCCGUCGGAGGCCAGCUCGAGAAGGCCGACUUGAAGAACGAGCCAAAAGUGAUGCCAUUUCGAGGCCAGACAAGGCCAGGCUGUUGUCCAGGACGAGUUGAUGGGUUGUUUGGUGAAGCAAACUCGGCUUCAGAUGAGCCCAUCGGCACGGCUGUGAUUCAGAAGGAUGUGGAAACGAUAGCUAGACCGAGCCACUUGGCCACCGGCGUCCACGUUGGAGAGAAUGAGCAUCCAACGGCCAUCGGGAGGCAUUGGCCGACCAACACUUCAAGGCCGUGGUCGGGAGAGACUUCAAGGGAAUCCGAGCUGACUGAGGGCCUCUUGCGACAAUUGGCGCUGCUGCGAGCCUUUCGACUAUGCAGGACAAGUCGAGAGUCUGAGAAAUGCUCAAAAAAAGACGAUCAACCUAUUCAAAAAGGUGCGUGUACUAAGUCAGUGGUAAAAUUGGGUUGA